AUCGUGUCCUAUUUUAGGGUUAGAAGGAAUUCUUAUAGUGAUAUUACCUUCUAACCGAACCCGCAUUAUACUUAGCCUUGUCAAAUUAAGUGGGGGUGCGGAGUUCGAGCUGUGAUGGGAAUCCAUGGGAAGGCCAGAUCGGCUACAUUAUUGAUAUAUUGAUAACGGCUUGGUCCAUCGAUCAAAAGGUGGGGCAACAAGAACGAUAGGUUAUCUCCGAUGUCCAAAUCGUCAGUGAUCUGGUCUUCUAUAGGUACGAGAUGCAGGUCAGUUCGAUGGUCCAGAAGCUAAAAUGAAACGUAUGUCGACGGCAACUCAAGAUAUUUAGGGGGGGACGAAGAUCAAGCUCCUUCGCUGGCAUUAUUCGAGUCUGGAAAGCACAUCAGAAGAAAGAGGAAACCAACGUCCUGUCUCCCUGAUAGUAAGUCUCUCGCCAUGACGACCACCGCCGCCCAGAUCGAGAUUGGCUCCAUCAUGGAGGCCCGUAAGGUGCGAGAGCCGGACACGACGACGACCUUCCAAGAACUUCCCAUUAUCGACAUAACGGACAUUGAUAACCCAGACUUGAGCAAGCGGGAGGCACUGGCAAGUAAGAUUUACGACGCCUGUACGCGGGUGGGCUUCUUCUAUAUCAAGAAUCAUGGCAUCGCGUCGUCAUCCCUGGAGAAGAUUACUGGUGAAGCUGGUCGAUUCUUCAAGGACCUCUCGCUGGAACAGAAGACGCGCUUAUCCCGCAGCCGGAACGAGCAGCAUCUGGGCUACUCACCUUUUGAAAAGGAAAAGCAACCUGGCGCCAACCGGAUCCAUCUGUUCGAGUCCAUCUUGUUUGGUCGAGAAGCAGCCUUUGACCGCGAGUUUGGUGCCAAGGUCGAUCCUCAGCAGGACGCAGCUAACCAGUGGCCGAAGGAGGACGAGCUUCCAGGUUUUAAGGCAGCUGUGGGCCAGUAUUUUGGUGAAUUGUUAGCCUUGAGCAGGAAGCUCACCCGAAUCUUUGCCUUGUCGCUCAAGCUCGACGAACGUUUCUUCGAAAACAUGAUUGACCGACCGUGGUCUAUGCUGUCGAUGAAUUACUACGCGGACAGGGUUGCAGAAAAGCCUGACGUCCAUUCUGCGAUUCAGGCACACACCGACCACGAACUGUUUACUAUCCUUUACCAGACUGGAGGUGCGAUUGCCCUCGAGGUUGUGAACGCAGAUGGCGUGUGGGUGCCAGCUCCACCCAUCGAGGGCACCUUCGUGGUCAACAUCGGCGAUGCUCUCUCUAUCUGGACUAACAACAUCUUUGUGUCUACCUUGCAUCGUGCCGUGAACCGCUCUGGUACUGAGCGGUUCUCCAUCCCGUUCUUUUUCGGGGCGAACUUCGACAUCGUGAUGGAAACGCUGCCGUCGUGUAUCACGGAGACGCGGCCGCAGAAGUAUAAGGGCAUCACGGCUGGUGAGCACUAUCUGCAGAAGAUGAAUCACUCAUAUGGCACUGUUACUGUCUGAGCUUGUAUCAAAAUGGCUCGGUCUUGGACUUUUCUUCCCAGAAAUAGGAACCUGGCAGAUACCUAGGUAGUUAGUUGGCCUUUGUCGCCUUAGUAAAUACAGCUGAAUUGAGUAACUAACUAGCCUGUCACUUUAUAAAUCAAAACA